UCGCCCUCCUAUCGACCGUCGAGCUUUUGUGCCCGAGACCAGUUGGAAAGUCUUAUUGCCAGACACGGUCACCCCACCCGAGUCUCGUUGUCAUCCCUCCAAGAGUUAACGGCAACCUCGUCGACAUAUAAUCCUCCCUCCCCCACCUCGUCGAGCUCAGAUAGUACAGAAUCUGUGGAAACCGGCACUCUCACCCAGUCAACCUCCCGGCCGAUCCCCAUCCCUAAGCCAUCUCCCAACACACGCGAUAAAGAUUUUCCUGUCACUCCCCUCACAGGGCGUUUCGAUAAAGGCUACUACUUUGCCCACCGUGACCAGACUCCCGAGGGCCACCGAGAAAGACAGAUUCAUAGAAGAAGCGGUCGACCUGGUCAUCGCUCUCAUCGUUCACCCUCGAACAGCAUGCGUUCGGACAGCUCAACCUUCUACCCGCCAGCCGUCUCUUCCUCCAUGGCUCCAACCGGUCGUCCUGUCUCUCCGCAGCCCUCCCGUUCUCGGGCCCAGAACACAUCCAAGUCGAUGCCUGCCUUCCACUUGGGAAGCUUACCACGGUUCCAUCCGGCAGUCUACCAGUCUUCAGGCAGCCCCCCAGCGCAGCCUUCUUCACCACGCCAGGCACGACAACACGGGUAUCGCACGUCCUCCGGCGCCCGUGACACCAUGUGGCAGUUAGUGGAAGGAAGUUCCCUACCAAAGACUCCCUCCAGGCCGUUGUCACCGAGUCCAUCUGCCCCGCGCCUAGAUCCGCUCCGCAGCCCGGGCCCGGUGACUCCGCUGGCGCUCGAAGAGGCAGGUGGAUAUCUUGUCUCGGGCACAUCUAGCUCAUCGGAGUUUGCAUCUCGGGAUCACUCCGGGGCGGCUCCAGACCUGGUGGAUAGACUGAUUGCUCGGGAAAACGAGCGGAAUCGACAAAAACCAAUGAAGUCCCUCAAGGGCUUCUAG